CGCCUUCAGCUGAUCUCACGAGGCAUGAAAACAUCGGUGUGGUUUAGUUGACAAGUUCAGCAUGUUUAACUCCUGAUUAAGACUUUAUACUCGCGUAUUACCAGUUUACCAGAGUUAUUACGUGUUAACUAGAAGACAGCGGAUCCUCUCGCGAUGUUGGCGGCGUUGAUGGUUGUUCGGGGCCGGAUUUCCCCUCCGUCCUCGGGGCUGGAGGCUUAAAUGCUGCUGGAGAUGUCCGGAGAUCGAGCUCCGUCCUGCGGGGCCGGCGGGGCCCCCGGCGGCCUCCUGCGGGGCAGCAGGACCCGGUCCUACGGGAGUCUGGUCCGGUCCCCGCUCAGUCCCCGGCAGAGCCGCAUCCAGCACCAGCUGCAGCCCGGGGAGACGCUGCAGGGGCUGAGCCUGAAGUACGGGGUGUCUAUGGAGCAAAUCAAAAGAGCAAACAGGCUAUACACCAAUGAUUCAAUAUUCCUGAAGAAGUCCUUGUCAAUCCCUGUAAUGUCAGACUUGGAUGGUUGCAGCAACGGGGUGGAUUUGUCUGAGGAGGACUGUGACGGCGUUGGCAGCUCGGUUCAGAAUGGGCCGACAGGAAGCUCCAGUGAGGAGAAGCAGAGAGCGUCAGACCUCACUCCUGUGGAUUUUUUGAAGAGGUUGGAUGAACUGAUAAGUCAGUCCAAGCAGGCUGCGGUGAGAGGAUGCCAGGAUGCAGAGAAAAGGGUUGCAGCCCUGGAAGGAGCUUGCUCCAGCAGGACGUCAGAUUGGCGGCCGCUAACAAGGUCUCAGAGUCUGAUGUCGUCCUCCAGACCCCAGCAGGCUGCACACGGAGCCAUACCCCUCACUAUCACCAAACUCACCAAGAAAGUCAAGGAGAGGGAAGAUGAGAUCUUUGAACUGUGACAUAAUUCAUUCUUUUGUCUCAAUCUGCUCAUUAAAUUAAUUUUCUCAGAAAGCCACGUUACAGGGAUUCCACUCCAGGACCAGAGAGCGUUACAGGCAAAGAAAGCUGAUAAUUGUACUGCAGCUGAAUUAACUUCAGCAUGCAUUUUCUGACUUUUAAUUAAAGUUCUACAAUAUAGCAUCUUAUUUUUUACAUGUAGCAACGUACUGUAAAUUUUGAAAAGCCUUAUAUGGCAAAAGCCGUGUUUGGCUUGUUCUCACAUUCAGGAAAUAACAUGAAAUGUUAGUCAUAUAACUGCGUGUAUGGUAGACAUGGAAAGAGGUUUGCAUGUAAUUCUGCAUCUAAUUUUUCUAACUAAAUCCUUAGGCCAGCGGAUGUUGUUACAUACAUUAUUCACUGCAAUGAUAACACUGUAAUUAUAUAGUUAUAAUUAUAACACAGUAAUUAUAACCAUGCAAAAAGGGUUUCUUGACACUGGUAAUGUAGCCAAAAUAUAUGAAAAAGAGGAUUUUGUUUGGGAUAUUUUCACAGUAAUUUUAUUUGUUAGGUCCUGUAUUUGACUUCAUGUAUGUUUUGUAUAGUUAGUUUUUU